UCUGAAUCGGAUAGAGAUCGGAAAGGGAGAAGGGAGACUUCGAGCAGAGGCGAAGGCCAUGGGUGAGGAGAAGGAGAAGAAGGGAGGAGGGGAGAAGAAGGAGGAGGAGGAAGCCGUGGAGUUGAAGCUCGACAUGCACUGCGAGGGCUGUGCUCUCAAGGUCCGCAAGGCCGUCAAGGGGUUCGAAGGGGUGAAAGCGGUGGUCGUGGAUGCCGCGAACAACAAGUUGAAGGCGAUCGGGAAGGUGGACCCGUGGAAGCUCAAGGAGUUCCUGGAAGCCAAGACCCACAAGAUGGUCGACAUCAUCUCCCCCAAAGACCCUCCCAAGAAGUCCAAGGACGACGACAAGAAGAAGGACGAAGGCCAGAAGAAAUCAUCGGACGACAAGAAGCCCAAACCGAGUGCCGUCUCGACGGCGGUGCUCAAGAUUCGCCUGCACUGCGAUGGCUGCAUCCGAAGAAUCAAAAGAAACAUCUACAAAAUUAAAGGCGUGGAGGAGGUGACCGUGGACGCGGCGAAGGAUCUGGUCACCGUAAAGGGCACCAUGGACGUGAAGUCCCUCGUCACCGUCCUCAAGGAACGCCUGAAGCGCGGCGUCGAGAUCCUCCCGGCGAAGAAGGACGAGGGCGGAGGCGGCGAGGUCAAGAAGGAGAAGGCGGCCGGCGGUGGAGGGGAGAAGAAGGAGAAGGCCGGCGACGGUGGCGAGGAGAAGAAGGAGAAGGGAGGCGACAGCAAAGGGGAGAAAAAGGAGAAGGGAGGCGAUGGCAGCGGCGAUAAGGAGGAGAAAAAGGAAGUGGGAAAGAAAGAGACGACGACGACGGUGGUGGAGGCGAACAAGAUGGAUUACUACGGGCCGCCGUUCGGGGGCUACGGAGGUUAUGGUUACCGUGUGGAGAUGAUUCACCCACCACAGUUCUUUAGCGACGAGAACCCCAACGCCUGCUCUAUCAUGUGACCGACACGUGUUCGUCGUACAUUUUCGCAGCAGCUUAUGUAAACAAGAAAUGUAAAUUGGGAAGAGUAAAAAAAAGCGAACAAAUCUUUUCGUUUGGUUUUUGUUUACUUAAUUACUAAUAUAUAUAUAUAUAUAUAUUGGAAUCCAGUGAUCGAGGAAGUGAAGUGGUGAUGUGAAAUAUGUCCAACUUUAGGAAUAAAGUCUCCAAUUAGGAUGGUUUGAUGUUA